AUGCAGACUGUUGACUUGUACGCGAGGAACGUGGUGACAUCGACCGCUGUUAAGGAGCUUCUAGCCAGAAAGCAAGUGUUAAACAGUCAAGUGCACGUAGUGAGUAAUCCCACGUCCGAGACUGGUGCGUUCGAUCAUGGACAAUAUUUUUCUUUUCUUCGGACGCGAAAUAUUGGUGAUGUUAUCGUCCACUCCAGGAAAUUGAAGAGCACUAGUGAUUUCCUGUCUGAAAACCUCGAAUUGUUCCCGCUCGGAACAGUUUGUGUCUGUGACGAGCAACUCGCAGGUCGUGGGCGGGGUGAAAACGUGUGGCAGUCACCGCUCGGAUCAUUAGCGUUUUCUUUCACGUGUGCCACAAAGCUGUCAGCAUCCGAUAUUCCACUCAUGCAGUAUGUGUCUACUCUUGCAGUUGUGAAGGCGAUCGAGGAUGCAUGUUAUGAAGCUGGCUGCAUGGACUAUGCUGGACUGGGUAUUCGCAUCAAAUGGCCGAACGAUAUUUACUACAAAACGACCAAGUUGGGAGGUGUUUUGUGUCGAGCGAUUUACCAAGAAGCUUCGUUUCGAACGAUUGUUGGUAUUGGCUUGAAUCUCAAUAACGCGUCUCCCACGGUUUGCUUGAGCGGUAUUGUUCGUGAAAAAGAACAUAUGUUUCGAGUAGAAGACCAUGGACCGGUGUGGAACACCGCCCGCACAAGUGCACUGGUAGACCAGAAAGAUGAGGAAGUUCAUCCACUUUUCAUGAGAGAGCGCCUUAUACCUAGAAUACUUGAACAUUUUGAACUUGUUCACGAGUCCAUAGAAACUGUGGGUUUCUGUGCUGUACGGGAUGAAUAUUUGAAGUAUUGGUUGCACAGUGGAACGUGCUUGAGCGUGCUUGAUGCCUCAGGCUCUGAUGCAUCGGUAACAGUGGUGGGACUAACGGACGCUGGGCUUUUGCUGGCAGUUGGUGAAGGUGAUGAAAAAUUUGAACUCCAUCCGGAUAGUAACAGUCUUGACCUGCUAAGUGGCAUGGUCCGAAAGAAAGUCCACUAA